AUGAAAGCAGACCUUGGUGAGACAUGGUACAAAGUUAGAAAGCUUAGGAGAUGGUUUGAUCAAUGGGGACUAUCCUCAGAAAGUGAAAGAAGUCAACGAAAGCAAGUUCAGUCCAUCACUGACCCGGCCAACUUGGUUUGUGAAAUGGUCCCAUUUGAAUUAAAAAAACCAGGUUGCCAUCCAGAGGUCAGGGAAGCAGAGUUUGGUUAUGUUACAGACCUGAACCAAUUCAUACAUCUUCAUCUGAAUGAAAAUGAAAAGAAUGGAAGGCUGACAUGGAACAAUGCAAUCCCAGAAAAUGAAGUCCACAUAAAACUUGGAGGAGAUGCUGGUGGUGGGUCAUUUAAAAUGGCCUUCCAGAUUGCUAACCUGAGGCAUCCAAAUUCUAAAACCAACACAGUGGUCUUUGCCAUGUUCCAUGCAAAAGAUAGUUGGGCUAAUUUAAAGACAGCCUUAAUGAAAUAUAAAGAACAAGUAAACACCUUGAAAGAAGCAACCUGGGCAGGUAAAAAGAAAGUGGUUUUCCUGUUUGGUGACUAUGAGUUCCUAUGCAAGCUAUUUGGAAUAGCUGGUGCCUCAGGCAAAUAUCCAUGUCUUUGGUGCAAGAUAAAUAAUGAAGUAAUGCAAGUCUCUUGCCAUAAACGUGGGCAUGCUGAAAAACGAAGUCUUGAAAACAUUCAAGAGGAUUAUGAUAAGUUUGUAGCAGAUGGCUCUGUUACAAGUCGACAGAAGUUUUAUCACAAUGUGAUUCACGAGAAACUGCUGGACAUUGAAUUGGACAAAGUUUGUGUUCCUGGACUUCACAUUAGCUUGGGUGUGUUUAAGAAACUGUUUGACGAACUAGAGAACCAGUGCUUUGAGCUGGACAAAAAAAUUCAAAUGGUGCUAGCAGGAGACAGUGAAGAGAAUGAUGAGAAAAUCCAGGCAUUCAGAGCUGCCCAACUACAUACCAGACAAGCACAACAAUUUAAUGAAAAAGCCAAUUAUUUACAGGAGUUGCUGAAUUUACAAAGUCUGCAUGCUAAUGUUGAUAUCAUGCCUGCCUACUUUACACUACUACAGGAGGAGAUAGACAAACUCCUUGGAAAUGCAAAGGAGGAGGAAAAGCUUGCAGAUGAACAAAUGGAAUUGGCUGCCUUUGAGAAAGCCAAUGGACCACUAUCGGUUCAUUUGGAUGAGGUUCUCAAGAAAAUGAAUGUUGAGAGACAAGCUUAUCAUGGAAAAUCAUUCAUUGGUAACCAUGUACACACUUGCUGCAAGGUAACACAAAUUCUACCCUUAGAGUAG